CUGAUGAGCCUUCUGCUUUCAAAUUUUAAUGCUGACACUAUUCAUCAAUGCGAAGUUACUGCUUGAGUCCCCAAGCAAGACAAGUUAUUCUGUUUAGGUUUCGAGUUUCAACCCUGUGCUCGAUGUUCUUGCUCUUAAUAACUGAAGAUUUAAGUUCUCCAGGAAAAAUGUGUUCUUCUAAAGUUCUAAUUCUAGAUUUAAUUUGAAUUUUACUCUCGCAUAUUCUGAGUUAGAUUGAAUUUUCCGCUGCGAACAAGAAAACAGAUUAUUUAUGUUAAUGACAUUAGGUGUGUGGUCAGCAGGUAAUGAGGCAAUUCUCUUGGAAAACGUAGUCUUAAGAUGUGAAUUCUUCGGUUCCUUUUUCCCCCUACAUGUUUUGAGGGAUUGUCCGGUGAGAUUGACCUGAAAGGACUGGAAAUGUCAUUCUCACUAUUGAAUGAUAAUUUCAUUUAUUUCAUAUAUGAUCGGAUACGCAAUAUUCAAUGUAAUGUUGCUCUCCGUAUAUUGCUUUCAAUGGUCAAAUUGUAGUAAGCUUUUACUUGAGUUCUUCUGAUCAGACCUAUCAUAAGUAUCUGUGCCAUCUUAGAGUUGGUGUUGGCUAGCAAGCAUGGCUUUUCCCCCUUCUUAUUGAUAUUGGUUGUUGUUGUUGUCUAUUAUGGAAUUUGGCUUGCUUGCUGUUGAUCUUAAAGCAAUAUACUAAAGCAUUAGUUUUUCUCUGGACUGACUGGAAACUGCAUGUUAAGUGAGAUUUAUUACAGUCUUCAAUAAUGAUUAACUGAGUGAUGGAUUUGACUAUACCUGUCAUUUGACUUUUCUUAUGUAUUCUGGAUCUCACAGCUUUUUGUUUUUUGAGAUUUUGUUUCAGUUGUUACUUCAUAUGGCAUGAAGUGAGUUGGAGAUGUCAGACUUACCAGGUCAUAUUGCUUCCUGCUUGAACACUGGGAAACUUGCCUUAUUAGCGCUCUUGGUUGCGGGUGGGAUUGUCUUGCAAAUUUUGGCAUGUGCAUUGUAUGAUAACUGGUGGCCGAUGUUAUCAGUGAUAAUGUAUUUUCUUCUUCCCCUACCUUUGCUUUGCUCUGGUGGAUCGGAUGAUUAUUCUCUGCUUUCUGAAUCUGAUGGCAGUUGGGCGAAUGUGACCAAAUUUUUGACUGGAGCCUCAGCUAUUGGAAGCAUAGCCAUACCAGCCAUAUUGAAGCAUGGAGGGCUUAUUGGUUGGGGAGCAAUGACAAUGGAACUUGGCUCCUUCUUCGUGCUUGUAUUUGCCAUUAUGUGUUUUAUGUGCAUGACUAACGAUGAUAAUUAAAUGAUGGUUUAUGACAAUGCUCUGGGAUUCUCUUUCGGUUGUGAGAAAUGUAAUUACUGCAAACUUGGUUUCAGCAAAAGCGCGUUUCUUUUUCUCGCUUGCUUUUUUU